AUGGCUGACACUCCCCGUGGUGGUGCCCGUGGAGGUUUCGGUUCGCGCGGUGACCGUGGUGGUGACCGUGGCCGAGGAAGAGGCCGUCGUGGCCGUCGUGGGCCCAAGAGUGAGGAGAAGGAAUGGCAGCCUGUCACAAAACUCGGCCGUCUCGUCAAGGCUGGCAAGAUCUCCAACAUGGAACAGAUCUAUCUACACUCCCUGCCCAUCAAAGAAUAUCAGAUCGUCGACUUUUUCCUGCCAAACCUAAAAGACGAGGUUAUGAAGAUCAAACCCGUCCAGAAGCAGACCCGCGCCGGCCAGCGCACCCGGUUUAAGGCAGUUGUCGUUAUCGGAGACUCGGAGGGCCACGUUGGCCUCGGGAUCAAGACCUCCAAGGAGGUUGCUACAGCCAUCCGCGCCGCCAUCAUCAUCGCUAAGCUCUCCGUCCUUCCCGUCCGCAGAGGCUACUGGGGUUCCAACCUCGGUGAGCCUCACUCGCUGCCAACCAAGGAGAGCGGCAAGUGUGGCUCCGUCACUGUUCGACUGAUCCCCGCUCCUCGAGGUACUGGCCUCGUUGCCUCCCCCGCUGUCAAGCGCCUUCUUCAACUCGCUGGUGUCCACGACAUCUACACCUCCUCCUCUGGCUCCACAAAGACCCUUGAAAACACUCUCAAAGCUACCUUCGUCGCCGUCGCAAACACAUACAGCUUUCUCACCCCCAACUUGUGGAAGGAGACUAAGCUCAUCCGGAGUCCACUGGAUGAGUUUGGCGAUGUGCUGAGAGAGGGCAAGAAGUAUUAA